AUGACUACGGUUAUAUGUUAUGAAAUUCGCAAAAUAUGGUUAAAUAAUCAAAUUAAAAGCAACAGAAAAGGAGCCUACCAUAUCUCGAUAGAUUACCCCUCUCAGCCGUUGUAA